CCACCACCACCAUUCUCUUUCUCCUCCUCGGUACAAGAAGCACACCAGUAGCAAGCAGCGGAUGACCAUGGAAAUGGGCCCAGAGAUCCACAGGAAGAAAGGAAGGGAAAGGUCGAAGGGGUGGAGUCCACCAGACCAGAAAUAGCUCCCCUUGUUCAUGGCCUUGGCGACAUAUUCCGCUGUAUCGAGGUGCGCCGGUGACCGCCGGCCCCGGAGAGGCACGUUGAUGAGGAUGCUAACGUGGCUGUAGUACCGAACGGCUUCGAUGUUUAGAAGCAAGGCGAGCACGAAGCAGACUAAGAUGGAGAACAGCUCGACGGAGAGACCCAGCUUGCUUCGGUCGCCCAGCACCAAGUCCUGUCCGCUAUGCUUGCUUGAGCUUCCAUUCCCGCCGCUGUUGGUCAUUAGGUAGACGAUCACCGAGCAGAGCAUGAACGCUGUGGUGGCUAACAACGUCGACGCCAUUAUGUUGUUCCUUAGGGUUUGGAUAGCCAGGACUCCGUUCUUAGUCGAGUUCUGUAUCAUGAUGCCAACAUCUGCAUGAACAGGUAUGCAUUUGAGAGAGAGAAAGAGAGAGACAGUCUUGGUCGGGUGUUUAGCGAUGCGGCGGAGAAGCCAUAGAUGGUAAGCCAACAUGAUGGUGAGGCCGGCCGGCACCAGAACGCAGUCCAGAUCUUGUUGGUUCAUGGCGAGGAGAAGAUGAUAGAGGAGGAAGAGGCCUUUUGUUCCGAACACAGUCUUGGAAGGUCGUAUUUGGCCGUCACCGCCACUCCGUCAAAUAACCACGUAGGUCUUACAGGUCGUCGGUCAAAGAUUCUGUGAGUGUUGACUUUUGAGUCCAUAAGCAUACUACACACGUACCACAUGAAACCACGUGGCGUAUAUUUGUAUACACACUUGAUUGGACCGGGUCCCAUCUGUGAGGCUUAUGCCGUCUCGGGUAGCGUCCGAGGUGGGUAUGUCUUUUGGGGCAAUGUAGAGGAAACGGAAGUCCUCAAUAAAUAACUGUGACGGCGUAAGAACAAAGAAAGCAUGCGGGCGUAAGAGACGGCCAAUUUACACGUUUGCCGAGCACGCGCUGAGGUAUAUAUAUAUAUAUAUAUACACACCUGUAUAUUAAAGACGUUUACGUCUUCUACACAACACCAUACAGCUCAAACUGUCUUGUGAUUGGAGGAAUUUGUGGCUCCCACAAACAUAUUCCAGUUAGAAAUCUUCCGUCACACACUUAGCGAUCGUUUUGUGUUCGUGUGUUUUCUUUUCGUCGUGUUGUCUUCGGCUGGCUCUUUCGAUCGCCGUCGCUCUCUCGGCUCUCUGAUCCUUCUCCUUUUGCUAUCGCGUCCUCCAUACAAGAAUCAUAUCUUAUUCCGGAGUCCGGCAAAUUGGAGGUAGGAAGAGAGGGAUCUCGAUUAACGAGGGGGGUGGUAGGGUGGUGAUGAUGAUGGGAUUUCACCUGAUCUGACGCCUAGUUGGUAGCCUCGUCGGCCGUCAUGGACUGGGAGUUCGCCUAGGAGAGAUGUUUGUGAGCAGGCCGGCAGUGCACCCCGUGGAGGCGCCGCCUCUCACGGAUGCAGCCGAGAACCCACCGAGGGUGAGGAUGAAGGAGAUCCAGGGCAUGCCGGGGACGUCCGGCGGCCUCGCGCUGCGCCUUUCUCAGUUUGUGUUCGCGGCCGCCGCCCUCGGCGUCAUGGUCUCCGCCAGCGAUUUUGCCUCCGUCACUGCCUUCUGUUAUCUGGUUGCGGCAACCAUCUUACAAGGCUUGUGGAGUAUCUCACUAGCUUUUCUGGAUAUAUAUGCACUUCUAGUAAAACGCUGCUUGCGGAAUCCCCGAGCACUGCGUUUGUUUACUCUUGGAGAUGGGAUCACGGCCACACUGACAUUUGCAGCUGCUUGUGCAUCUUCCGGCAUUACAGUACUGAUCGGCAAUGAUCUCAACAUAUGCUCACAGAACCACUGCACGAGCUUCGAGACUGCAACGGCGAUGGCUUUCAUCAGUUGGUUUGCAGUCUGCCCAUCAUUUCUCAUGAACUUCUGGUCACUGGCAUGUAGGUGAAAAGCAAGAAUGGCUGCUCCUAAUUGCCAAUUUUUGGUGUGCCCUUGAAGAUUUCUUUUUCUCCCCCAUUUAUCAACAGUCAAAUUGCCAUUACUGUCAAUCUGUAUAGUAUGAAUUCCUGGGUGUGAUUGUGCAAGAUAUCAGAUGAAAUGUACAACUUUGGUAGCCUCCAUUCUCUACAUUUGUUGCUCACUGGACAUUGUGUUUCAGUCAUUCAACCUUUGUUCUUUAAAUGAUUUCCUGGUCUUCUA